AACACACCCGUGUAGUGUUUGUCACAUAACCUUCUGUUUGGAACACGUCCCAGGACUUUUAUCUUGUCUUGAGAUGUGUGACGUCAUAAGCCCGCGCGCCACGCUCCUACUUCUGUUGUGAUUCGGUUGAAGAAAGAAAAACUCAUCUGAGGUCCAGGCUGUGAUAAACCGUUAUAAAGAUGGUGUUUAUUAAAGUAGAGAGUGAAGACAUGAAGAUUGAAGAAACAUUCACAGUCAAACAUGAAGAUCCUGAGGAACAAACAGACCCGAUGGCAGUGAAAGAAGAGAAUGAAGUACUGAAUGAAAUCAAAGAGGAAGAUCAACACUCAAAUCACCAUGAUUUCAAACCUGAGGAAAAAUCUUUUAGCUGUUCACAGACUGAAACAACCUCCAUGCAGGAAGUGGCUCAAAAGACAGUAAACUUAAGUUAUUUCUCCUGCCAAUAUUGUGGAAAGAGUUUCAAUCAUAAAGGAAGCAUUAACCGGCACAUGAGAAUACACACUGAGGAGAAGUCUUACACAUGCCCCGAGUGUGGAAAGAGCUUUCAUCAACACGGAAACCUUAAACUACACAUGUACAUUCAUACAGAAGAAAGGCCUUUUGCCUGCCAGCACUGUGGAAAAAGAUUCAAACGAAUAGUACACCUUGAGGACCACAUGCGAGCACACACUGGAAUAAACACUUUCACUUGCCAUCAGUGUGGAAAGGGUUUUAGCCGAAAACGCACCCUUGAUUACCACACGAGAAUGCACAAUGAGAAUCCCUACACAUGCCCUCACUGUAGAAAGAGUUUCGUCCAUAAAGCAAAGUUUGAAUACCACCUGAGGAAUCACACUCGAGAGAAACCCUACAUAUGCCCUCACUGUGGCAAUGGUUUCAUUCAGAAAGGACACGUUAUAGACCACAUCAGAAUCCACACUGGAGAGAAGCCUUUCAUCUGCCACCAGUGUGGAAACAGUUUCCGCCAGAAAGGGUGCCUUAACCGGCACAUGAAAACACACAGUGGAGAGAAAUCAGUUGAAUUCACUGUGGAAUGAGUUUUAGAAGUGAAGCAGCCUUUCACAUAUGAGAGAACUGCUCUAUAUUAUCAGUGUGAAGACGUUUCACUGAAGGAAACACAUGAGGAAUCAUGAAAUAACUCCCACUGGAGAGAAGUGUGGAGAGAAAGCACACCUUGAGGUUUAUAAAGAGCCCAGGAAGUCACCUGUAGAAGGAAAAACUAUCUCUGUGACUGGUUUUGCAGUUCAUCCCUUCAGUUUAUAAACCAUACUUGCACAUUCUUAAACUUUUCCCUAAGUUUAGCAAGUCAUGCAAAUGGAUCAAUAAACCAUACCCAUGACUUUCCAGUCCAUGCGUUCAGAUACCUUCAGUUUUUGAAUCCAAACCCACAGAUUUAUAAUCCUUGCACAUGCCUUCGCUAUCCAAAACUUUAAACUUUAUUUUUCAUAGUACUGUAUAUGAGACCAUGAUCUACACACACAAAAUAGACUUCUUUUUAGCUUUUAUUUUACAUUAAUCACCAAUAGGACAAACCAACACCGCCUGUGUUUUAUCCUAUAGCCUAAUGUAAAAUAAAUGCGAAUAAGAAGAAUAGAAAAUUUCCUGAAGAAAAAUAGUUUUGAGAGAGGGUGAGAAGCAAUACAAAACAAAUAAUGUACAGGUUAUAUUGUAAUGUCUUUGCUCUCUACCUGAAUGCGGUGUUAUAAUAGGCCUAGUUAUUUAAUAAUAACAUUAACAGUGAUGCAUGUACUGUCAAGCCCAAAAAUAAGAGCACCCUUGGUAAAUCUGAUUCAAAGAAGGCUGUGAAAAUGUAUCUGCAUUAUUAAUCCUUUUGAACUUUUAUUUAAAAAAAAAUCACAAAAAUCUAAACUGUCGUUGGAUAAUAAGAACGCAUUGGCCACAUUUAAUAGCACCCUUAUAUUCAAUACUUUUUGAAACCUCCAUCUGCCAGUUUAACAGCUCUAAAUGUUCUCCUAUAACACCUGAUGAGGUUAGAGAACACCUGACAAGAGAUCAGAGACCAUUCCUUCAUCCAGAAUCACUCCAGAUCCUUCAGAUUCCCAGCUUCUCCUCUUCAGUUCACUCCUCUCAUGUUCUGUAGGGUUCAGGUCAGGACUGGAUGGCUGUAGCAGAAGCUUGGUUUUGUACAGCUGUAUAUUUCAUUGUACACAUGGGGUACUUUUUAUCUCUGUGUUCACCAAACACAUCUUGAGUGUUUACUGCCUAAAAGCUCUUUUUUUUUUCAUCUGAUCAUAGAAGCCAGUCCCAUUUGAAGUUCCAGUCGUGUCUGAUAACUGAAUAUGCUUUAAUUUGUUUCUGGAUGAGCUAGGAAAAUUUAUUUUGUAGCCCUCCCAAACAACAUGUGUUGAUGUAGGUUCUGUUUGACAAUUUUUUAUUUGAAGGGUUUCUGAACCCGAGACUCAACUAUUUUCUGCAAUUCUCCAGCUGUGACCCUUGGAGAGUCUUUAGCCACUCAAACUGACCUCCUCACCGUGCAUUAGGACGAUAUAGACACACGUCCUCUUCCAGGCAGAUUCAUAACAUUUUCUGUUGAUUGGAAACUCUUAAUUAUUGUCCUGAUGUUGGAAAUGGGAAUUGUCACUGCUCUAACUCUUUUCUUAAAGCCACUUCACCAAUUUGUGAAGCUCAGUUAUCUUUUGCUGCACAUCAGAAAUAUAUUAUUUGGUUUUUCUCAGUGUGAUGGAUGAUUAAGGGCAUUUGGGCUUUGUCCCCCUAUUUAUAUUUUCGCAAUGUCUGGAUAAUUUAAUGUUCUUAAUCAUGCUGGAGUGCUCAAUUGUAAAUAUGAAUGGGUAUAUACUUCAGAGAUAUUUUACUCAGAAUCAUUUUUAGGGGUGUCCUUAAUUGUGGCCAAUGUGUAUUAGAGAAAAACAUUUCAUAAUGAUAUUUCCCAUUUUAAAUUCUUAUUAUCCAAAGAAAGUUUAGAUUUUUUGUGGAUUUUUUUAAAUGAAAGAUCAGAAGGAUUAACCAUGCAGAUUAAUUUUCACAGCCUUCUUUGAUAAUAUUUACCAAGGCGGCCCUUAUUUUUGGUCAUUACUAUAUGUAACUCUGGGGGAGAGCAUAGUGUAAUAAAAUUACCAAAAUAAGUCACUGUAAAAAUAGGUCUGACUUCCUGGGCUCUGUAGGUUUACGUAAGUCUCGAUCUACCUUCAGCAAAAUUCUUUAUUGUUGUUUGCUAAAACACUUGAUCAGUGGAUUCCUCAAACGUCACGGGUCACAUUUAGAUGAAUAUGUGUAUACAAAUCUGAUUCCCAAAAAGUUGGGACACCUGUACUCACUGUACUUGUGAGUAAAAGAUGAAUGUAAUAAUUAACAAAUCUCACAUAUAUUUUAUUCACAAUAGAAUAUAGAUAACGUAUCAAAUGUUGAAAGUGAGACAUUUUGAAAUAUGCCAAAUAUUGGCUCAUUUUGGAUUUCAUGAGAGCUACACAUUCCAAAAAGGUUUGGACCGGUAGCAAUAAGAGGCCGGAAAAGUUAAAUGUACAUAUAAGGAACAGCUGGAGGACCAAUUGGCAACUUAUUAGGUCAAUUGGCAACAUGAUUGGGUCUAAAAAGAGCCUCUCAGAUUGACAGUGUCUCUCAGAAGUCAAGAUGGGCAGAGGAUCACCAAUUCCCCCAAUGCUGCGGUGAACAAUAGUGGAGCAAUAUCAGAAAGGAGUUUCUCAGAGAAAAAUUGCAAAGAGUUUGAAGUUAUCAUUAUCUACAGUCCAUAAUAUCAUCCAAAGAUUCAGAGAAUCAGGAACAAUCUCUGUGUGUAAGGGUCAAGGCUGGAAAACCAAACUGGAUGACUGUGAUCUUCAGGCCCUUAGACAACACUGCAUCACAUACAGGAAUGAUACUGUAAUGGAAAUCACAACAUGGGCUCAGGAAUACUCCAGAAAACAUUGUCUGUCAACACAAUCCACCGUGCCAUUCACCGUUGCCAGCUAAAACUCUACAGGUCAAAAAAGAAGCCAAAUCUAAACAUGAUCCAGAAGCGCAGGUGUUUUCUCUGGGACAAGGCUCAUUUAAAACAAAAUUUGAAGUUCUUUUUGGAAAACUGGGAUGCCAUUUAUUCCGGACUAAAGAGGACAAGGACAACCCAAGUUGUUAUCAGCGCUCAGUUCAGAAGCCUGCAUCUCUGAUGGUAUGGGGUUGCAUGAGUGUGUGUGGCAUGGGCAGCUUACACAUCUGGAAAGGCACCAUCAAUGCUGAAAGGUGUAUCCAAGUUCUAGAACAAUAUAUGCUCCCAUCCAGACCUCGUCUCUUUCAGGGAAGACCUUUCAUUUUCCAACAUGACAAUCCCAGACCACACACUGCAUCAAUUACAACAUCAUGGCUGUGUAGAAGAAGGAUCCAGGUACUGAAAUGACCAGCCUGAAGUCCAGAUCUUUCACCCAGAGAAAACAUUUGGUGCAUCAUAAAGAGGACGAUGCGACAAAGAAGACCUAAGACAGUUGAGCAACUAGAAGCCUGUAUUAGACAAGAAUGGCACAACAUUCCUGUUCCUAAACUUGAGCAACUUGUCUCCUCAGUCCCCAGACGUUUGCAGACUGUUAUAACAAGAAGAGCGGAUGACACACAGUGCUAAACAUGGCCUGGUCCCAACUUUUUUGAGAUGUGUUGAUGCCAUCAAAUUUAAAAUCAGCUUAUUUUUUCCUUAAAUGUUGUAUUCUGAAUAAAAUAUCGAUAUUUUAAACUUCCACAUCAUUGCAUUCUGUUAUUAUUCACAAUCUGUAGAGUGUCCCACCUUUUUUUGGAAUCGAGUUUGUAGUUUCUGAGACCCUUUAAGACUAUUUACUAUAUUGCUUAAUUCAGUGCAAACCAAAAUGCAUCAGUCAGUUUAGGUCUGGCUGACACAUAGGUGUUUUGGCUUGAAAUGCUUCAGAUCCAGGCUAUGUUACUAUGCUCUUACUCUUCUAAUUUCCUGUUUUCUAGUGAGAAAUUACAUAGCCUCCUUAUAAUUUUUUUCACAGACACCUGCUUUUUUUAUUGUAACUUCAAAAUGUCUUCAUACAAAAACAACUUGAUAACUCAACAAUACUAUAUAUAUUUAUUUAUUUCAGUAGCAGGUGACAGAAGUGCACUGUGUUGUGCUCUACUCCUGUUGUGGCAAAAAUAUCUUAAAUAAACUAACAUAUUUACUUUGUUAA